AUGAGUAAGAAACCAAUUGUUUUGAAAUUAGGAAAGGAUGCCUUUGGUGACCAAGCCUGGGGGGAAUUGGAAAAGAUUGCGGAUGUAAUUACCAUCCCUGAAUCCACCACUAGAGAACAGUUUUUGCGGGAGGUAAAAGACCCACAAAAUAAGCUCUCCCAAGUACAAGUCAUUACUAGAACAGCAAGGAGUGUGAAAAACACCGGUAGAUUUGAUGAAGAGCUUGCUCUUGCUUUGCCCUCCUCCGUAGUGGCUGUAUGUCAUACUGGUGCUGGUUAUGACCAAAUUGAUGUUGAGCCAUUCAAGAAAAGGCACAUCCAGGUUGCCAAUGUUCCUGAUUUAGUUAGCAAUGCUACCGCUGAUACGCAUGUAUUUUUGCUAUUGGGUGCCCUAAGAAACUUCGGUAUUGGUAACAGAAGGUUGAUCGAGGGAAACUGGCCGGAGGCAGGACCCGCAUGUGGUUCUCCCUUUGGAUACGACCCUGAAGGGAAAACAGUUGGUAUACUGGGUCUAGGUAGGAUUGGUCGUUGUAUUUUAGAGAGAUUGAAGCCGUUUGGGUUCGAGAAUUUCAUAUAUCAUAACAGACACCAGCUUCCUUCCGAAGAAGAGCAUGGUUGUGAAUAUGUAGGAUUCGAGGAGUUUUUGAAGCGUUCUGAUAUAGUAUCUGUAAACGUCCCACUGAACCACAAUACUCACCAUCUAAUCAAUGCAGAGACUAUUGAAAAAAUGAAAGAUGGUGUAGUUAUUGUUAACACAGCGCGUGGUGCCGUGAUAGACGAACAAGCCAUGACUGAUGCUUUGCGUUCUGGAAAGAUUAGAAGUGCUGGUUUGGACGUUUUCGAAUAUGAGCCAAAAAUAUCCAAAGAGUUAUUAUCGAUGUCCCAAGUCUUAGGACUGCCUCAUAUGGGCACACAUAGUGUAGAAACAAGAAAGAAAAUGGAAGAACUGGUCGUUGAAAAUGCAAAGAAUGUGAUAUUGACCGGGAAAGUCUUGACUAUUGUUCCGGAAUUACAAAAUGAAGACUGGCCCAAUGAAUCUAAGCCAUUAGUUUGA